UUUGAUGUUUUAAAUCUGUUAUUGCAUUAUCUGUCCAUGGUUUAGCAAAAAUAAAUUAGAUCAUUCAUUUUAGCCAACACAUGUCUCCUUUUAUUCAUAUAACUGCAUGUAUAUAUUCUUUAACACCUGACGAAAAUUUGAACAGUUCAAGCUAGAGGGAACAGUAGUUUGUCGAUGUUCAAAUCUCAUAAAACCAUUGAAAAGAUACAAAUAAAAAAAAAGAAGAAAAAAAUGAGUGAAAAGAAAAAUAAUCGGCGUACUAUUUUUUUUAAGAUUACAGUUGAGCCUUUAGUUACCGGUUCAACAUGGAGAAUAUCGAUGACGACUUUCCCCUACCUGGGAUUGAAAACCACCCUGUUAAUCAAGUAAAUGAAGUUAAAGAGCACGAUUCAUUUUCGGACAUCGAUCCUUAUUACAGUGAUGAUUCAGUCACAACUGAUGAAAAGAGUAAUACAUCUAUACCAGAUAAAACAACAGAAUUAUACGACUCCAUGCAAACAGAGCAAAUGGAAGAAUCUGAACACCUGAAAGAAGAAUCUGAUAUCACACUUAUUGAGGUUUAUCCUGACAGAAGUAUGGUCAAUCUGAAUUCAAACGGUUUAAAACAAUGCGGAAAUAAAGCGUUGGCAUUGGAGCGUUAUUACAAAGAGUAUUUGCGGAGGGAGACGAUAGAACCAUACCCUUUACACCAUUUAGAGGUCAGCGUACUUUGGAUUCCUGUCAUUGAAGAAAUGUCGGCUACUGGUGACUAUAGACGGCUUAUACAAUUAAUAAGAAGUAUAAAAGAUUCAGCUGAUGAAUUAUUGGAAGCAGAUCCUAUAGUUUACUGUACAAAGGCUUUCCAUGUGUAUAUUGACUUAAACAUUUCCUUGAUCAAGAUGAAGGAGUGUCUGAGUGAUCCAGGCUGUAUCUUUGAAGAUUCAAGAAACAUCUCUAUGCAGAUAUCAAGAUGUUUUCUUUUCAUGGGACAAUAUCGGGACGUGUGCCAUAUUUGCAAAAAAAUUGAUGCACACUCUCCUAUAAAACCAGGAAAUUCAGCGUUCAAAGAAUUCUUUCUUGUAUGGAUUGAAGCCCUCAUCAAGCUGAAAAAUACAGAUAUUGCGAAAAAAAAAAUUGAACAUUACCUCGAAUUGACAACAACUAAGGAAGACCAGGUAGCUGUUACUCCAAUGUUCGAUCAGAUAUACAAAUUAGAAGAAGAAAGAAGGAAGAUAAAGGACGAAGUUGUGGAUAGCGACAAUGAAUAUGUUAAGGAUUCUAAUUAUACUGGUAUAAAACAGCAAAAAAUGAAAGUGGAAGAAAUAAAGGAAAAACAUCAGAAAAAGAAACGGUAUCGUCCAAAAAGAGAACACGAACCGUUGGAAUUUUUUACGAUGCCAACUUCAUGGAACGGUUUCCAAGGUAAAUGGCCUAAGAUUUUAAAAGAACUCCCACGUUCUAAUGAAUGUAUCAGCUCACCGAAGGAAGACGAAACAUUACACAUUCCAAAAGGUCACGAAAUUUCUGAUGUCGAAAGCGACGAUGAAUUUGACAAAAUGGCUAGAGACAACUGGAUUGGUUCUGAUUAUACAACCAGUGAUGACGAAGCAGACGGUGACAAUGAACCUAUUGAUUACUACGAACAGAGUGUUAAGAUGUACGAAAACAAUCACGACAACGAGUUAAAUGAACAUGAUGUCUUAACAAAUGGUAUUAUAUUAUCUGAGAAAUUUUUAGACCAACAUUCAAGGUCAAAACAUAAGAAACACUACUUUCAAUACGAAGAAUUCUACGAGAAAGAAAAAAUGAAAGAACUUUGUAAAAGAUAUCCAAACAAAUUUAAGAUAUGCACAGUUAAACUUGAGGCUGCUCAUAGAGCAAUAUGCAAAAACACAGACCAUUCUGGCAAAAUAUCCGAAAUUGAAAUAUCUGGAAGGUCGAAAAUAGGAAAGGUUUUUAACGACGAUGAAGUUUGUGUUGAAAUACUAAAGGAUGAGAUAGAUGAAUACAAAAGAUACAAUCAUAUUGGUCCCAGACUUAACGUUACUGUAGAUACAUCCACACUUAAUUUGAAAGUUUAUGGUCAGAUAAGAGGAAUUAUGAAAAGAAAUCAUCAUGCACAUGUUAAACAUCCGGUAUUUGUUAGUAUGUUGGAUGAAGCAGAAUAUCAUUUAAUGAGACCAGUAUCAAAAGCAAUACCAAAACUUCAUAUAAUGAAUAGAAAUUGUACAAACGAUUAUCAAAUUGAUGUAUACAAUUAUGAUAAAGAGAAGGGAGAACUUGAACACAAAGAACUAUUCAAUAUCAAGCCAGGAGAAGUAGGGAACUACAUAUUUUUGGUAGCUUUGAUCUGUUGGCAUGAAAUAUACCCACGCGGUGCAGUUAUAAAAGUAUUGAAUGCAAAGAGUGGUAUGAAUACAGGAAUGGAAAUAUUGAAACUACAACACCAGGUGCCUACUACGUACAAAAAGGAGACCAUAGAAAAUCUGAAUUGGUUGCUAGAAUUAGAUGAACCUCUUGUAUGUAAAAAAGAUAGAGUUGACUUAACAGGUAUGGAAGUUGUAACGAUUGAUCCAUCAAAUGCUAGAGACUUGGAUGAUGCUUUAAGCAUCGAAGAGCUAAAUGACAUAUAUAGAGUUGGUGUGCACAUUGCAGAUGUCACUUCAUACAUUGAAAAGGGUAGCCACAUUGACGUUGAAGCUUAUCAGCGUGCCACAACGUUUUAUCCCGGCCAAGGUAUCAAUCCAUACCACAUGUUGCCUAAACCAUUGAGUACGAAAUUAUGCAGCUUAAUUCCUGGAGAAACGAGACCUACAAUAUCCAUAUUUUUUACCUUUGACAAAAAGGAAGGUCUCCAAAAGCAUUUAACUGAAAUUAAAAGAAGUCAAAUAAAAUCAAUUAAACAGCUGUCAUAUAAAGAAGCUCAAGACAUUAUUCUUAAGGUUGAUACAACGAUUUCAGAUUCAUUAUGUAAGCAAGUUAAUUGCUUGUUUAAACUUGCUAAAAACCAAAGGAUUACCAGAUUGGGCAGUGGAAUGUUUUACUUUCCGAUGGCAGUAGACGGUGAGGAUGACGAUUUCACGGAUACACUGGAGGCUCAUUAUUUGGUAGAAGAAUUUAUGAUACUUGCAAAUCACACAAUAGGGAAAUUUCUCAUAGAGAAAUUUAAAGACUGCAUUCCACUCAGAGUACAGCAGCCACCGAACCCGGAACAAGUAAGAACAUGGCUGGAAUCCCAUGAAUUUUAUGCUGAUUUGAUAGUGAAGUUACAGGAAAUUCGGCCGUCUCCAACAUUAUGGCAUGAUCGAAAGCUAACAAUUGAUAAUACUCCGACAGCAAGAUAUACUAAGCUUCUUAUGUAUCAACAUUGGGUUUGGAAAAAACUACUGUUAACAAUCGAAAGAAAGGAUUACACAGCCGCUAGUCAACUCAUAGGUUGUGAUGACUUACAUCCAUUCUCAUGUUUGGCACUUGACGAGUGGUAUGAAUACCAAGAAAGAGCUGAAUACAAAUGUUCAGGUGAAGUACGUACAAGACAAGAUGGUUCUCAUUUUACCCUAGGAAUGUUCCCAUAUACUCAGUUUACAUCACCAAUUCGACGUUAUUUAGAUAUCAUUGUUCAUCGGUUAUUGCAUUGUGCUUUAGAUAAGAAGGGUCCUUGCUACACAAAACAUGAGGUUUCCGAACUGUGUUGUUACUUAAAUGAAGUGACAAGGCGAGCAAAGAAUUACCAAAAACAAUGCAGGGCGUUGACAUGGGGAUACAAAUUGAUGAAAGAACCUCAAAUUUUACAUGGAUUUCUUAAAACUGUUUCAGAUAAAGAGGUAUCAGUGGUUUUCCCAGGUCAUAGAUAUCUACCAAAAAGUUCGAAAACUCUUCAACUAAAUUAUCUAAAUGCUGCAAAGAAACCAGAAUUUAAGACAGAUAGGUUAAAUGGUCGAAAAAUUUUAGAACUGACUUGGAAAAAGAGAUUAUACUCCUUCAACGGGUAUACGCCUAUCAAGAAGAAGGAAAUAAAGGAGGAUGGUUACAGAUUAAAUCCUCAUAACAGGGGAUUUUUCCAGCAACAAAGGAAAUGGAAACAAAUACUGGAGAGAUUUACAGCAGCAAAAAGUCCAAAGGAUAAAAUGAAAAAGUUACUAGAAACCAUCAACGAUGAUGGAUUAGGAGAUUCGAAGGAAAACGUAGACAAACUUGUCGAAAACGUACCAUCAUGUUUUAAGACAGUAAAAGAUGUUAGUUCUGAGGUACGAGAAGGAUCAAUCACAUUACAAAGUUGUCAGUUUACAAUGACCUUUAAUCACCAACAAAUAAUUCCUCUUCAGCUGUCUGCCGAAUCUGUAAAAGGUGUACUCAUUCCACAAAUCGAGAUCUUCGAUAUGACAAAAAAUGUCAAACAUUGUUUCCUACAUGUCAAAGACCCUAUAAAAUAUCUAGAACAAUACGCAACUUCUCCAUCCAAAGAGCGGUACUUUAGUGCAGUCGAUUAUCUUAGAACAUGGAAACCACUAGUAGAAAUGGAAUCAGCUUCAAACUCAGUCAAAAGUAGCACUGCGACAAUAAAUGAUGUUCCUGUCAAAUUUCUCUCACAGUAUGAAGGUAAAUUUUCAUUAAGCAAAGGAUUUUGUGACCAAAGAAAUAUUGAGAUAAACAAGACACCUUUGAGUGUGUUUCUUACUGAUAAUGAAGAAGCCAUAGAUGAAGAAAAUGAGGAAGGGAUAAAGGAAAUUGCUAGCCCAGAUUAUAUAUGUAUUAAGUGUCCGAUUUUUAAAUCGCAAAUAGACAAAUGGGAUCUGAUCAAAGGAAAUAUUGCACCCAGUGAUUAUAUCAUUUGGAUAGCACAUGCAAAAAUAGAUAGAGCCCAGGUUCGAAAAGGAAAAACAGAUUUUAUAUUCCGACUUCACAGAAAUAGCAAACCGGUUCCUCUUGAACUAAUGAAGGAAGAUAACAGACAUAGGCACAGCAUCGAAAUCAUUUUCAAAUCCAGUGCAGAUCAGAGAAUAGAUGCGGUUCUACAAUGCCUCAACAAGGCUACCGCUUUAGCUAAAGCUAUAGCCUUGGGAACUUCUAUGCCAAAACUUGAUAAAGGCCAUCUUAAACUAGGCAGGGACACCGAACCAGAUGUUAUGAAUAUAGGAUUGGUUGGCAAUAACAAACAACAGUAUAAUGCUAUACAGAGAGCGUUGACAACUUCAUUCAGUUUAAUACAGGGUCCACCAGGUACUGGAAAGACCUAUACAGGUAUCAAGCUGGUUUACCUGUUUGAUCAAAUUAACAUGAAAUGGAAGGAGAUGGGCAAUGAGAAGAAACAGAUUAUUUUCUGUGGUCCAUCAAACAAAUCUGUAGAUCUAGUGGCAAGUUGGAUGAAGAGAAGAUUAGGCGAUAACUGUCCACAAAUGGUUCGAUGGUAUGGGAGUUCUAUUGAGGAUCAGGAAUAUCCUAUUCCUGGAAAAACGCCUCCAAAUACACGUGGAGAAAGAGCAAAGGCUGACGAAAACUUGCGUAAAGUAUCCAUGCAUAUAUUAAUAAGGCAGGUGGGAAAGCCUUACCAGGAAGACAUUUCAGCUUAUGACAGGCAGUUUAAACAACAUCCUGAUGGAGUUGAUUAUAAAGUUGUAACAAAGUACAGAAGCAUAAUCUCUAAAGCUGUCAUUGAAGAGGUCAAGCUAUAUGACGUUAUUUUUUGUACCACAGCUAUGGCGACGAAUCCUAAACUACUGAAAGGAACAAGGGGUCGGAUUUUCCAAAUUAUCAUUGACGAAUGUGGCAUGUGUACCGAACCCGAAAGUAUAACCGCCAUUAUAGCAACAAGAGCUGAACAAGUAGUACUUAUUGGUGAUCACAGACAACUACGACCAAUUGUUAAGUCUACCUACGCCGCCAAACUAGGACUAGAGAAGUCUUUGUUUGAAAGAUAUGCCAAUAAAGCAACUCUUUUGACUUCACAGUACAGAAUGAAUCCUCAAAUAUGUGCAUUUGCUUCGCAGCAGUUUUAUAACAAUAAAUUGAAAACAAAGCCUUCAUAUAUGUGGAUGACCGAUAUUCCAUUGAGAUCUUGGAUAAAUAAAGAUAUUCCCGUAAUAUUCUGCAAUGUUGCGGGCAAGGAGGAUUAUCUUCCUUUUGACACAGAUGAAGGAAAUGAACAGUCCUGUUCUAACCAAGAAGAAGUGGAACAUGUGGUAAAGAUCUUUAAACAUCUGGUUGAUGAAGAAUUGAUAGAUCCAGAAUACAACAUCAAUAUCAUGAGCCAGUAUAAUGCCCAGUGUACAGCAAUCAGGAAAGCACUGAAAGCAGCAAACUUUAUAAAGUUUAACGUGAAUACAGUUGUAGCCAGUCAAGGUGGUGAAUGGGACUAUGUUAUCAUGAGCCUGGUAAGAUCUUUACCACAUUACAGAAUAGAACCAAACCCUACGUUGGGCUGGUGUAAACAAAACCUAGGUUUUAUCACUGACGAACACCAAACAAAUGUGGCCUUGACAAGAGCUCGUAAAGGACUUAUAGUUGUAGGACAUAAGGAGUUGUUAACGUGUAAUGAAGUAUGGGGAAGUUUUAUUAACCAUUAUGGCAGACGGGGUUGUGUGGUUGAUAGAGAAGAAUUUCCACCAAAACCAGUUCCAAAAAGAAUCAAGAAAAAGUCAAAGAAUAAAGGAAAGCAAACGUUUGAAGAGCAAACCGAGAAUCUUCAGCAGGUCAAUAAUGGCCACGCAUAGUCCUGAAUGAUUUGUAAGAAGCCCCUACAUACGCUUUCAAUUCAAAUGAGUACAUAUUCUUUAAACCUCGUACCUUCUUUAUCUACCAUAAAUACAAUUGUGAAGUAAGUUUUUUUUAAAUACAAAAAUGCAGAGAUGUGAAAUGGUUGUCACUGAGACAGCUAUCCAUCAAAGAUCAUAGACAAGGAUGAAAACAACUACUACUCACCGUAUAACCUUCAACAUGAUCACAAUUAAUACCAUAUAGUAAAUAUAAAAAUAAAAAGAUGUGGUAUGAUUGCCAAUGUAACAACUCUCCAUCAAAUACCAAAUGACGUAGAAGCUUUCAAAUAUAAAAAGAAGAUGUGGUAUGAUUGCCAAUGACACGACUAUCCACAAUAGACCAAAUGACACAGAAAUUAACAACUAUAGGUCACCGAAUGGCCUUCGACAAUGAGCAAAGCCCAUACCGCAUAGUCAGCUAUAAAAGGCCCCGAAAUGACAAAUGUAAAACAAUUCAAACGAGAAAACUAACGGCCUAAUUUAUGUACAAAAUAAUGAACGAAAAACAAAUAUGAAACACAGAAAGACUGCAAGAUAUAAAAAUGUGAAAUCAUUAAAAACAGAAUCCUAUGGUCUGAAAUUAAACUAUAACAAAUUUUGGUAGACAGAAACCAACGACAACCACUGGAAUUCACGCUAUCAUAGUUGGGGUUAUUAACGUGUUGAAUGUGACAGUUUUAACAUGUUUGUGAGCGCUCAACAAUGUCCCUAAACUGGCACAUUUAUGAAACAGUUGGAACAAGCAUAAAAAUGAGAAAGUCUUGAGUCACCAGAUCGGUAUUAAGCACAAACAUGUCAAUUAUCUAGCCUGAAAAAAAGUCUUUUUGGUCUUUGUAAAGAUAAAAUUUACUUUCGAGGGAUCUUUUCGGUUUCUGAAAUUGAAACAUCCAUUGAUAGUUUCACACGUAUAUUAAACAAAAUCACCUUUAUCUUAGGUGCAAAAUAUACUCAUAUUACUUCAUAAGUUAUCAGGAUAAAAGCGAUUGAUAUAACGGAAGUAUUUAUCCAAUAGCAAAUUAGAACAAUUGAUAUGUUUUUGUAGAUACAAGUUCUGUUUCGUCGUCUGAUAGUACAUUCUAUUACUGUUUUGUGUGUUUCUGGAGACGAUUUAUAUCUUACAAGUAAAUUGAAACGCUUAACAGUUAUUUUAUUGUGAAAACCAUAUGUGAUUAUCACAAUUUGCUUUCUUAUUUGCAGUUUUUAUGUACAUGUAUGUAUGAUGUAAGAAAAACAUAUCUUUCGAUGCAGUUUAAAUCCUUUCGAACAAAGCUUAUCUUACACAAUCUUAUAGUGUUUUAAUAAAAUAAUACUAUAUGAAAGUUUUUUUUUCCACUAGUAAUUUUUAUAGUUCUUUUGACGAAUAUGUAUAUAGUAACCAAAUUCUUGAAAUCAUAUGUAAAACAACAUUUAUUUGACCUUAAAGCGAGGAGAAGUGGGACGUAGUCAAAAGGAAAAUUAAAGGUUAUUUUGAAUGCAUCUUUGUAAGAUGACCAGUAAUACAACUUGAGAAAUUAUUUUUGUUGAAUAUUCCAUUUGAUUUUUAUACGUAAAUAUCAUCCGACAUCCAUCUUCAGAACAUACUUUAUAAUUACAUGAUGAUCCAGAAUAAUUUUUAUAUGGCUACUUUAGUGCUAUAUACUGAAUUGUAUUUUGUAAUAAGAAAAUACAUUUUAAUGUAUUCUUCACGCAAAAGCAUCCCAAUAAAGCAUGGAAGUAAAUGAUAAAUAAAAUAUUGAAAUUCAUUGCAGCAAUAAUAUUUGUGGUGUAUUAUGAUAAUCUGAUCAUUAUUUAUGUUUCUAUUAUAUUACCAACUAUGAUAUGAACAUUGACUGCGAAAAACAAUUAUUAUUUCUUUUUUUGUAAAUGUUUUAUUUAUUUUAAAUUAUUUGAUUAUGUUUGUUCUUCAGCAAUGCUUUAUUCUUUAUAUUCUACUUGGAAAUUGCAAAAUAUGAAUUUCAUUGAUGAUUUUUUUUCUUCAUGAAAGUAUCUUUUUUUUCUUUGUUUCUGUAAGAAAUAUUGACAAUCCAAAAUAAAGCUGUAAAAUCACCUAAAAGAAUUCAAUACAAAUCUGAUUUAAGUUCAUCAGAUUCUGUCCUAGCAAAUCUUAAUUCGUAAUUUAAGAGAUGUAAAUAUAAGCGCCCUAAACAAAACCACAAAACUAUUGACAAAUGAUGACGAUGAGCCUAAGGUUUGAAUAUAAAGUCCUUUGUUACGAUUUUGCUAAUAAGAAUAAAUCAAUCAAAUCUCGUCGUAUACUUCAACACUAGCUAAUUUGUUGAUGAUACUACUGGGCUACGGUCCUGGCAUUUGAAUAGCCAGGUAUUGACCAAUAUAUAACUUUAGAUCUUCACACUUAUUUUACUCUAAUAUAUAAUCAAUGUCGAAACGAUAAAAAAGUCUACAAUGGUUUGUCUGUCCACUAAUUAUUGAAUAUAGUUAAUCAUUUAAGAAUAAUGCAUAAAAAGGGAUAACAACACAGUAUAAUGGUCGCACCAAACAUCAUGAAGAAUUGACAAAUAUAUAUUAUUUUCCUUAUAUGAAGGUCUGGAGAGGUGUCCAGAUUCCUGUUUCCUUUAUUUCUAAAUAUUAAGAUCUCUUUUUUAUUUUCUUUAUUUGGUUAUAUUAUUUUGCUAAUUAUUCUCUUUUCCGGAAACCCAUUGAGAUCCACGUAUUAUGGCCGUUUAUUUUUUUUUUUAUUUUUUGAAGUCUUUGCUACCAAUGUUGAAUUUUCUUCUUCAUAUGCAUAUCAAUUAUUUAAUACGUUAGGUCUUUCAUUAUUCUUAAGUUUGAAAAAAAAUGAAAUAAAUUGAGUUUUGCAAUUUGUGUUAA